GCUGGAACCCCACUCGCCAGCCGGGUCGGCGCACAGGCUCCAGCCCCCGAAGGAGCGACCUCUGCCUCGGGUCCAGCCUCUGCCCGCUGCUUCUCCGGCCCCAGGCUCACACGGCGGCAGACCCCUCUGGGCCACGAUGGGCAGCUGCCGCCGGUCCCGCGCUCCGCUGCUGCUCCUCGCCGCGCUGGCCGUCUUCGCUCCUGCAGCCGCCGGUCCUGGACAACCGGACGACCCGACCCGCUCCUUCGCCUCCCGGGAGGAGAAUCAGACCCAUUUCGGGACACGCAGAAGCCGCAUUUCGGGAUCAGCCGCCGCUUUCUACCGCAGCAACAAGGAUGCGUGGCGUUUGUCCGGGUGUUAUAUUGUGGUGCUUAAAGAAGAAGGCCUUAAAUUUCAAACAGCACGAACUGUCAAGCGUCUGCAAGCCCGAGCAGCCAAGUAUGGCUACUUAACCAAAAUCCUACAUAUCUUUGAGGAGUUAUUCCAUGGCUUUGUUGUGAAGAUGAGCAGUGAUCUGCUUCACAUGGCUUUGAGACUUCCACAUGUGCAGUAUGUAGAAGAAGACUCCUAUGUAUUUGCUCAAAGUGUUCCCUGGAACCUUGGCCGAAUUAUCCCAAUGCAAUACAAAUCAAAUGAGUACAAUCCUCCCAAUAAGGGUGACCUGGUUAAGGUGUAUUUGCUAGAUACUGGUGUUCAGAGCAACCACCGGGAAAUCAAGGGGAGGCUGAUUGUGACUGACUUUGAGAAUGUCCCAGAGGAAGAUGGCACUCGUUUUCACCAGCGGGCUAGUUCUUGUAUCAGCCACGGGACUCACUUAGCUGGAGUUGUAAGUGGAAGAGAUGCUGGUGUGGCCAAAGGAGCCAGGGUUCAUAGCCUCCGAGUGCUGAACUGCCAGGGGAAGGGGACUGUGAGAGGCUCUCUGAUAGGUCUAGAGUUUAUUAAAAGGAACUUGGCUGCCCAGCCCUACAGUCCUUUGAUUGUGUUGCUUCCCUUGGCUGGGGGCUACAGUCACAUCUUGAAUGCAGCUUGUCGCCUGAUGGUGCAGAUGGGGGUGGUCAUGAUUGCUGCAGCAGGCAACUACAAAGAGGAUGCUUGCCUAUAUUCACCAGCAUCAGAACCAGAGAUUAUCACUGUUGGAGCCACCAAUGCCCAGGACCAGCCUGCUUCCAUGGGAACAUUGGGAACAAACUUCGGCCGUUGUGUAGAUGUAUUUGCACCAGGAGAUGAUAUAAUUGGUGCCUCCAGUGACUGCAAUACCUGCUUCACAUCACAGAGUGGAACAUCCCAAGCAGCUGCACAUGUAGCAGGUAUUGCAGCCAUGAUCCUGAACACUAACCCUGCCCUAUCUGUCUCUGAACUGAGACAGAGGCUGAUCCAUUUCUCUAUCAAAAACCUUAUCAAUGAGGUCUGGUUUCCUGAAGACCAGAGGCUGAUCACGCCCAACAGAGUGGCUGGCAUUCCUUCCAAACUUGUAGCAGAUGAACUGCUUUACUGCCGCUCGGUGUGGUCAUCCUUAUCUGGUUCCACUCAGGCAGCAACAGCUAUCGCUCACUGCAACAGCAAUGAAGAAUUGUUCAGCUGCUCAAGCUUGUCCAAAAAUGGCAAGCGGCAAGGAGAACACAUUGAGGAUUAUGGAGGCAGAAAAGAGUGCGUGGCUCAUAAUAAGUUUGGAGGUCAAGGCAUUCAUGCUAUAGCCCGGUGUUGCAUUUGGCCCAAAGUUGGCUGCCAACUUAACACUUACACACAGACUGCAGAGGAUACAGCAGGGACAAGUGCCAGCUGCACUGCGGAUGGCCACGUUUUGACAGGUUGCAGCUCCUAUUCUUUGGAUCAUGAUUUCAGUGAAACUAUCAGACCUGUAUUAAGGACAGAGAGCAGCCAAUGCAUAGGGCACGCAGAUGUGACCGUGCACGCCUUAUGCUGCCAUGCACCUAGCCUCGAGUGCAAAGUACAAGAAUAUUCUCCUGUGGAUAACACAACUCAGGUGAUGGUGACUUGUGAUGAUGGCUGGACUCUGACAGGAUGCAAUGCAUAUUCUCACGGUCCCAAUACAUUUGGUGCCUAUUCCACAGACGACACCUGCAUUGUAAUGAGAAGUUCACAUGGCAAAGGAGCAGUGGCUGUUGGUAUCUGCUGUAAGAGACGACACUAGAAUAAUGAGAACCAGAGUUCCAAGUAUAAAUUAUACUUCUGUGACGUGUAGGGCCUGCUUCAAAGUUAGGACACUAAACUACAGAGAACCACCUCAUAAUGUCACCCUGGUGAGCUUUUCACCACACCCAAUAAUGCUGGAAGAAAUUAAUUUUCACAGGUGGAACUCCCAAGGCAGCUAGAAAGUGACUGUGUCACAAACUUUUAUUGAGUACCAUAUUAACAUAAAAUGUAGACCCCAAAUCCAUUAUGAAGUGAUUGGUCUCAAAACACACACACACUUUAGACCAUGAGCUUUUGUCAGUGCUAGUGUUAUCUGUUGCACUGAUACUAGCGUCUAGAUUUUUAAAAUGUAUGAUUUCACGGCAACUGUCACUCUUAAUGUCUGUUUGAUGUGUCAAAACCAGUAGGAUAUCAAACUGAUAAUGUUCAUAUACCCCUCAACUUCAAUAUGAACCAUCUAAGUUGGCAGGCUGACCAAGGAUGGUAUGGAUAGACUAGGUGAGUUUUGUGCUCAAAAUAACAAAAACAUAUAUUUAAUUUUUCUGCUUUCAAAAAAAUCCAACAACUUUUUAUAAAGUAUUUCACUGGGAACAGGGAUAAAGACUAGAAAUAAGAUGUGAUACUAACAGCAAAGAUUUUUGCAAGAAACUGAAGACUGGCUAAAAAGAAGCCAUUUUGUAUUCAAUUAAAGACCAGAUCAGUAACAUUCAAAAUUCUAUCCUCAGUACCAUGUUCUGUGUUUUUGAAAGUCCAUCAUAGUUUGGAAAUUAGCGUUUUUUAAAAGUUCUUUCCAUUUUAUGGUCAGUUCCUAUGUUCAGCAGCAGCACAUUAGGGCAAUGCACCUCCAACUCAACCUAGCCUGUCAUUUAUUUUGUGAAUAUUAGAAUUCACCACCUCACGUACAGGGAAUUUGUCAAGGUUGGCCGCACAAACUAAACAAUUCAAGAGAUGCUGCUGCAGUUCUCAGCUAAAGAAAUGACUGAAUAUUUUAAACAUUUAUUUGGAUGCCAACAUUCCUUUAAAGUACCAUUAAUAACUCAGUCUUCCUGUUACAGCCUGAUUGUGUGUGUGCAUCAAAUGCAGAUUUAAAUGUCUUCGCUGCUUCCAAAGUGCCUUACAGAGCUCGUUCCAAGGAAGCUCAUACCAAAAUGCCUUCAUUGUAAAUUUAAGCCCUUCACUGCAAACUUAAGAAUGAGCAAUGGCUAAGUUGACGUUGGAUGCUGCAAUUGUAAGAUAAGGUGGUGUGCUUAUUCUGAGGAAGAGGAACCUGCUUCUUAGAUUUUUGCAGGUGUGGAGACCAAAUUCCAUGGGCAAUUCUUCCUAGAAAUUCACACUAUUAGAACAAGCAAGUUAAGCCAGGCCAAUGUUACAUAACUGAAUUAACCCAAAUAGUUUUCAUAUGCUAUCUUGAGUGGGGCAGGCACUGCCGACAUCAAUGAAAGCGGACAGAGUUUCCACUGAACAGACAGAAGGAGCUUUUAAAGCCUGUGAAAAGAGUUGUAUUGCUGAGCUCCAAGAAUCCUACUGCCUGAUGUGGGUCUAGUUUAAAAUGGAAGGCUGAAAACAUCCAAAGUUUUUAAAAGCCCUUCAGAGACUCAGGCGAUCAAGUACGAUUGAUUGACCAUUAGCUGCGCUUGUGAUACUGCAAAGUAAAAGUUUAGAUCAAACAACUUGGUUUGCUGAUAGAUCAAUUACAUUUGGUUUAAGAUAUUUUUAAAAAGGCAGAUUAGUGUUGUGCACAAGUUUUCCCUUCCCCUUUACACUUUGGAUUUUCCAGUUGCUUUUGUAAUCAAAUUUGUAGCUGUAUGCUUACUACAUUUAAAUAUUCUGACAGCCCAGUUCAGAGAAAUGGUGUAUGUGUGUAUGUGAAUCCUUCUCUAUAGGUAGUGUGGUCCAGUGCCAGCAGAAAUGCCCUUCCUGGGGCACUUACCCUGGUAAAGGGGCAAAUCUGUUGGUGCUUGGCUUCUGUAGUGUCCUGGGGUGGCUGGCUGAGGUGCCUGGCCUUCCAUCGGUGCUCCUGCGCCACCCCCAGCUGCACUUGUUUGGUGGGGACACAGCGAGGGUGUUCCCAGGGGGUGGAGCCAGCCUUGGUCUGCUUCCACCCCAGGUUUGGUGCCAGUCACACCGUGGUCUGGACCUGCACUUUUGCCACCCUUUGGGGUGAUGAAAGUGCGUACAGCUCCAUUGGCGGAAUCCCGGCAGUGGGAGGGUUUUAAAGUUUCUCCUGUCUUUGCGCCGCUGAGGAAUCUCACUGGAAAUGGCACGGUGCUGCCUCUGGCACACCAGCCCCACUGUGGCAGCUGUCAAGCUUUCCAUUCCCUUCAGGACAACAAGAGGGUCAUGAAUGACCAACAGUGUGUAAUAUUCUCUAUGUUCUGUGUUUGGGGUUGCACAUAUGAACCUACCUACUGUAAUUCUCAGCUGCGUAGUACAGUUUUCCUAAUGUUAUGGAUUUUAUUUUCGUAUCUACAAACUGUUUAUUCUUUUUAUAUGGUACAUUUUGGAAUACCUUAAAUAGGGAUGUAUAAUGGUAGCAGUCAUUUAAGGCAACUUAACUAUACCAAACAUUGUGCUUUGUUAAAAUUUCUUCAGAAUAUAUUUAUUUACAGCCAGGUCUAGUAAGCGCUGGAAAACUGUAGGAUAACCAAAUACCACAUCAGUCUCCAAUAAAAAGUCCAGUGUUUCCCAACUCUGGAAUUCAUUCAUAUUUAUGAUUCUCCCAUUUCAAAAUUAUGUAUGGCAAAAAAAUUGAUAAUCUUUUUGGAGGAACUGUCCAGUGAAGCGUAAGGGAUACAGGUACGUGGAACGUUAAUUUUCAACAUCUUGCCAUUUUGAGCCCACCUCUCCUCUGACAGGUUCAUGUAGGUUGCACAACUCUUCCCUCUUCCAUUUUCUAAAAUCUUCUGUGAAAUAGGUUAGGCUGAGAGAAUAAAUGCUCCUAAAUCACUCAGCAAACUCUAUGGCUGAGUAGGGAGUCUUCCUACUCCUAGCCAUAUACACUAAAUACUAUAUCACACUGUCUCUUCAGGAAGGUCACAGUUCAAGAGAUCAUGCAGGAGGAACAAGCUCUGCCCCAUAACUAAUGGAAGCAGCAUUUGAUUUAUGGGCAUCACUGCAAACAGUGCCCACCUAUUUUCCAGCUUACCCCAUUCUGUUUUGUAUUCUCCCUUCCAGUGCUCAGGAGACCCCACUCAGCUGGAGACAGGGGAGAAGAACAGUUGUGUUUGUGGAAUGGAGAUGGCUGAUGGCAGCCCCAGGCUGUGGGAUCUGGAAUCAGCUGUGGCAAUCUUCUAAAGAUGCCUUGUCCCUCAAUUGGCCUCAUUAUGUGUUCAAUUUCCAUGAGAUGAGGAUAAAUUAUCACAUAUAAGCAGCAGUUUGAAUAAGAAAACAGCUAUUUGCAAUUAAGAGGGCAAAUUCUCAGUUUUUUCUAGCUACUUUCUAGUGCACCAAGGUGACAAAUUUCUACAAUCCUAAAUUCUGCUUGAUUACAGGGCAAUUUAGUGGAUAAAACAGUGUAAGAAAACAAAAAUACCCUUAUCUCUGCACAAUCUAACAAUCAGACUGGGUUCUGGUGAAAGGAAUAAACUUUAUUCCACUAACUAGGAUUUUCCCAUGAAAACUGCCUUUUCUUUUCCAGUACCAAGUGCCUUAAGGAAUUCCUUGGACAAAUCCACACAAUGAGCACCUGCAGUUUUGUACCGAAGCUGCCCCUGCCACUACAGAACAUUCUGUUAAUAUGUAUAAAAUCCAUUUUUCAUCCAAAACGACUGGCAGCAAUAGUGAUCACAACAUAGAAACAUGUCACAAUUUACACAGCAAACUAGAUUUGUUGCAUUUAAAAAAAAUAAUCAGCAGGUUCAAAUGAUAUCAGCUGGAAAUGAAAUAACCGACGAAGUACCUUACUAAAAAAAAUAUAAUAAUCAACUUUGUACAAGCAGGAAGAGAAGUAGGAAACAGACCACAAUGGUUUUAGCACAUAUGAUGGCAGAACAGGCCAUUUUGUGAUUUUGCAGGCAAUUCAAAAUCACAUGCAAUGCAAAUAUAGCUGCAACCUGUGGCAAGA